AUGGAUCACACGGUGUCUAACCUGAUAUUCGGCAGACCUAAUACAACAUGGACGUGGGCCUUCAUGAUCACGACGAUCAUCCAAGCCGGUAUCGUGCUGGCCAUUGAAGCAUAUAUCUUUGCAAAAUUCCAGGAGAGUCUAAUGACUGGCCUCCCAACGAUUCCCCUCGUCAAGACCAUCCCAACAUACCUGACGCUCUUCAUUUUCGGUUUCCUUUACCAAUUGGUGUUGGUUUACGAUUCGCUGCGACUCAAGAAUACCAUUCAAGUCAUCGGGCUUUGUAUAUACAAUGUCGGAAUGCUGAUCUACGCCUCGAUUCAAUAUGAUCAAAUCAAUAGGGCCAUUUCGGGUCUGUCGAAUAACAGCCCUCCUUACAUUAUGGCCGACAACCCUGUAUGGAGCAACAUCAAGCCGUUCCUUCUGGCAGUACCGUGCAUCAUCGCCUUCUUCACGAUUGCGAUGUCGGUCAUCGCUUGGAAGCUGUACGAUGAGUUCGCGUGGACCAUCUACAAGCAUAUCAGUGCGGACUUGCGAAUGAAGCGGAGAUUCCUCACCUUCCAGAUUUACAUUGCGCUACUAAAAUUUGAUUUCUUCUUCUUCUUGGGAUUUACAGUGCAGUUCCUUGUCAUCGUCACCGGCAAGACAGACGCCGAACUGGGACUCACAAUUGCCGCCAUUCCCAUCACGGUCCUCAUCCUCUUCAUGGCUGCUUUCUGGACGCGGCGCGAGAACGUAUUCGGCAUGGUUGCGAUAAUGGUCCUGUACAUCUGUGGGCUGGCAUACUUCAUCUUCAAGCUCGCUCGGAUGUACCAGGAGAGCCAUAAGGCAUUUUACCUUCCCGUCCGGAAGAAUCUCACCAGUUUCGCGGUCAUCACCAUCGUUCUUAUUGUCCUUACAAUCACCAAUGGUACAGCAUGUAUGCUCAACUUCAACAAGGGCCUGAAGCAACAUGUUAUGAAGCGCAAGAUCGGCGAUGCUGAGCCGGAGAAACUAGGUCAUAUGACAGAACUGCCCGAUCUCAAGUCAGGCCAUGUACCAGUAUCGAGCCGGAUGACGAUCGACUAA